AUGAUCCAGAAGAGCCAUGCAGAAGAUCUCACCUGCAAAGGGGAGACCCUCUCAUUUAAAUGUGUCAAUGUGCCUGAGGUUGACACAAUAUUUGCUGACAUUGCCAAGACUUUCAACAAGAGUCAGGAGGAUUAUUGGGCUAUCCAGAAAGCCAUCCAGAGCCUGAAAGAGAGUUAUUCCUGUUCAUCGGCAUGCAAUCUUUCUGUAUGCAUAGAGAAGAUACAGCAGGAAAACAGUGAUUGUGGUGUGCAGGUGCACAUGGAGGGGUAUAGGUUUUGGCUGACUGCAAAGAGGAAAGAGGUGCCUAAGAAACUGAAACAAGCUCUGCAGCAGGUGGGGGAGCUGAACCGUGCCACCAUAGGCGUCCUCAGUACAAAAACACAACUCCAGGAAAUGAUCUGCUCAGUGCUCCAAAGGCAGGAUAAGAUGGCAGAGAGAGCAAGAGAUGAAAACUGCGAGUACCUGGAUUGGAUCCGUUUACAAGGAAACCUGAGAGAAAAUAUUGAGAAAAUAAAUCUGGUCAAAAAGCACUCAAAGAAAUAUGUGGAAGAAGCUAAUCAUGUGCUGAGCGAAAUGUCCAAGUCAGCAGACCUGACCGUGUAAAAAUAGUUGAGAAUGAACUUGUCCUUCCACAAACAAUGAAUUAAGGGGCUUGUGCUGGAAAAUAUCUUUGGGUAAUUUUGAUGUACUGGCUAUAUAGAAAUUAAAACCAACAUCAAGAUUUUUGGGACAACAAGCUGAUAAUAAUCACAUCGGCAAAACAGUGAAAAGAAAAGAAAAUCACAAAGUGUUGUCACAUCUUGAU